UCGAGGGACUGGGAAAGAGCGGAUACUUCCUGUGUUGCUGCUGCUGCUGCGGUUACUGACCUAGAGAUGCGCGGAGGGGGAGAGAAAUGGAGUUUCAGUGAAGACUAAAGUAACGGACAGACUUCAACCCAAAAAGGAUCCAACGAAGAUAUUCGGUUGAAGCUACAUCAAGUUGCGAAACAGAUUAUUUUCAAGGUGACUGGCUUGAAAUGAAGCUGCUGAAACCAAGUUGGGUCAGUCACAAUGGAAAACCAAUAUUUUCAGUCGACAUCCAUCCUGAUGGAACCAAGUUUGCUACUGGUGGCCAAGGGGAGGACUCUGGGAAGGUGGUCAUUUGGAACAUGGCGCCAGUGCUCCGGGAGGAGGAUGAGAAGAAUGAGAACAUUCCCAAGAUGCUCUGCCAGAUGGACAAUCAUCUAGCUUGUGUAAAUUGUGUCCGCUGGUCCAACAAUGGCCUGUACCUGGCCUCAGGUGGAGACGACAAAUUGGUUAUGGUGUGGAAACGAGCAGCGUUCAUUGGCCCCAGCACGGUCUUUGGAUCCAGCAGUAAGCUUGCCAAUGUGGAGCAGUGGCGAUGCGUGACCAUUCUAAGAAAUCAUACUGGAGAUGUAAUGGAUGUGGCAUGGUCCCCACAUGAUGUGUGGUUGGCCUCCUGCAGUGUGGACAACACCAUCGUCAUCUGGAACGCGCGCAAAUUUCCAGAGAUUAUAACUUCGCUGAAGGCUCACACUGGCCUGGUGAAGGGGCUCACGUGGGAUCCUGUGGGGAAGUACAUCGCCUCUCAGGCGGACGACCGCAGCCUGAAAGUGUGGAGGACCAUGGACUGGCAGCUGGAAACUAAUAUCACCAAGCCCUUCAACGAGUGCGGUGGGACCACUCAUGUGCUCCGUCUCAGCUGGUCUCCCGACGGACAGUACCUGGUGUCCGCUCACGCCAUGAACAACUCCGGCCCCACCGCUCAGAUCAUCGAGAGGGACGGCUGGAAGACCAACAUGGACUUUGUCGGACACAGGAAGGCCGUCACCGUCGUGAAAUUCAAUCCCAAGAUCUUUAAAAAGAAGCAGAAGAAUGGGAGCUCUCAGAAGGGCAGCGGGCCCUACUGCUGCUGUGCUGUGGGGAGCAAAGACCGCUCCCUCUCCGUAUGGGUAAGGAAGGAACAUCACUCCUUGGUUGUGAUCCAUGACCUGUUUGACAAAUCCAUCAUGGACAUUUCAUGGACAUUGAAUGGGAUGGGAAUCCUGGUAUGCUCCAUGGAUGGCACUGUGGCAUUCCUGGAUUUUAACUUGGAUGAGCUGGGAGACCCCCUCAAUGAGGAGGAGAAGAACUCCAUUCAUCAGAACAUCUAUGGUAAGAGCCUGGCCAUCACCAACACCGAGGCCCAGCUCUCCACCACCAUCAUAGAGAACCCCGAGAUGCUCAAGUACCAGCCCGACCGACAAGGGGGUGAGCGGGCCGGAGCGAUGCCAAUCGCUGGCCAUGAGAACCAGACUCCCAAGCUCACCAACGUGGUCAACGGAGAGUCCCUCGAGGACAUCCGUAAGAAUCUGCUGAAGAAGCAAGUGGAGACCAGGACAGCAGAUGGCCGGCGGAGGAUUACCCCCUUGUGCAUCGCACAGCUUGACACAGGGGAUUUCUCUCCGGCCCUGUUCAACAGCGCGCCCAUCCUGCCCGGCUCCAGCAUGUCCAACCAGCUGACCCCGCAGCUCUCGUCCGAGUCCAACGCCUCCAACUCCCUGGGCCUGCGCCCGCUCCAGGACACGUCGCCGGGCAAGGGCGAGGACAACAAAGACGGUGCCGCCCUGGCUACUAAUUCCAUCGGCAUGAAGGCCGGCCUGUUCCCCCCCGCCACCAAGAUGGAGCCCAUGAAGGCUCUGGACUCAAGGUUCACCGAAAGGUCAAAAGCCACACCAGGACUCACAAUCACCUCCACUCCUGUAGGCAUGACCCCACUGGACAGAGCUAAAGACAGCAGCACUUUGAAGGACUCCAAGCUGAAGGACGACACGAGCAGCGACAGCGAGGAGAAGAUUACCAUAAAGUCGUUCUCGGCGCCCAAGAGGAAGGUGGAGAUGGAGGGAGGGGAGGUGGUGGAGAAGAGGAAGAAGGGCCGGCCCAGGAAAGACAACAAGAUGAUGAUGCCCCUGUCUCAGCCCUUCCCACAGACUCCCGUGGUGGUGGAGAAGGAGCCGGCUCGAGCAGCAACAGCAGGAGUAGCCGCAGCAGUAGCUGCUCCGGCCGCCGUGCAGCUCAAACUGCCCACACCAUCAGCGCAGAAGUCCUUCACCCAUCAGGUGAGCGCGGACCCCUCUGUGUACCUGGAGGUGGAGAACGAGGUGUCGUCGGUCGCCGGGGCGCGGCUCAGCCAGGUGCGCUGCACCAGGGACGGCCGUGAGUGGGACGGCCUGCUGCCCAGCCGCAUCCUCAUCGCCAGCGGCAGCCUUGAGGUGGUGGCGGUUGCGUGUGAGGACCGCACGCUGUCGGUGUUCUCGUCGUGUGGCCGGCGGCUCAUCCCGUCCAUCCUGCUGCCGGCCCCGGUCUCCGCCCUGCACUGCUCCGGCUGGUUCGCCAUGGCGCUGACCGCCGCCGCCACGCUCUCCGUCUGGGACGUGCAAAAACAGAUGGCACUUGUCAAGAACGAAUCCCUGCACACCAUCCUCUCAGGCUCUGGCACCAGUGUCACCCAGUCCCUGCUCACCCAGCAGGGCGUUCCUGUCAUCGGCCUCUCUAAUGGGAAGUCCUACUGCUUCAGCUCCUCCCUGGGGACCUGGAAUCUGAUUGCUGACAAGCAGGACUCGUUGGUGCAGUGUGCCGACUUCAGGAACUGUCUGACUUCCCAGGAUGCACUGGGCUCCACGGGGCCCUUGGCCAUCAUGCAGGGCCGCAACAUCAGCGCUGGUCGCCUGGCCUCCAGACUGUCGUCCACGCCCCAUCACCUGCAGCAGGGCAUGACCCUGGCCUUCCUGGAGAACCAGCUGGCGUCGGCCCUCACGCUGGCCUCGGCGCCCGAGUACCGCCACUGGCUCAUCGUCUACACGCGCUUCCUCGUCAACGAGGGCUAUGAGCAGCGGUUGCGUGAGCUGUGUAAAGACCUUUUGGGACCAGUCCACAAAUCCACUGGCAGCUCCUGGGAGCCCACUAUCCUGGGCCAGCGGAAGAGGGAUCUCCUGCACGAGGUUCUCCCCGUCAUCGGCCAGAACCUGCGCUUCCAGAGGCUCUUCACGGAGUACCAGGACCAGCUGGAGCUGCUCCGGAACAAAUAGCACUUUUUUCUUCUCCUCCGUUGCUCCGUCGCUCCUGAAGAGUCUUGGAGAAGGAAAAAAAAACCCUGUCCCCCUACCCCCACCCCCACGCGUUUAACAGCCUGGGCCCGUUAGCCGACAGACUGCCCGCGUUUGGUGCUCUUUCCUGGGAUAUGUGCCUCGCCCCACCCCCCCCUCCCCUCUCUCCAUCCAGCCCCUAUGGCAGCCUCCCUGACCCAAAGGAAAGCACUGUCCAUAGGAUGGUGAUGAACCUGGUUCAAAUUAAUUCUCUGAAUAGUAAUAAUGCUGAUAUUAUUAUUAAUAAGAAGAAUAAUGAUAAUAAUGGUGAUAAUACUAAACUAUGGUCAUUUUUUCUUCUUUUUUUAUUGUCUAAUAAAAUGUGUACAAAGAAAAUGGUGCCAAUGAUGUAUAGAAUUGACAGAUGAUGACGAUCCCUGUAUAAGUUGUACUGGGCAGAGUCUGCUAAGACCUCCUGCCCCCCCUGCGUCAUCAGUCACCCCUCAGCCUGCCCUCGCCCCCCCCCCCCCCACCCCCACCCGCGCUCAUCACACCCAUGCAGCUCUGCACCCCCUCACCUCCACCUCCACAUACACACACACACACACACACACAGACGAUCAGAUCCUGGUGAAGAUGCCCCCCAUGGAAUCAUUCGGGCGGCAGACAUGGAAGCGAUUAGAGAAGAGGGAGGGGGGGGUCCAAGCGGAACUCCAGGAGGUGUUCUGAGCCAUCGCCUCCUGCUGCCGAAAAGUGCCCCCCCCCCCUCCUCCCCCCCUGCCCCUCAAAGGAAUGAGAAGAGCUCGAAGAUCGCUAGGACUGGACACUGUUGGACACUUGUGACCGCACUAAAGGGGGGCUGUGGGGGUGGGACUUGUUCCCUGGAGACUACAGACUAUGCCCUUUGCUCCACUCUUGCCCUAACCCUCCCCUCUUUGUACAGCUUCUCUCUGUUAGACAUUUGUAAAUGUUUGUAUAAGACAUUUUCUUUGUUUUUUCUUUGUUUUGUUUUUUUCUUUUUUUUUCAGUUUUCUAUGAAACGGGGGCAAAGCUACAGUUAGAAAAAAAAAUAAACAAUUGACCAAUGUUAUGGCCUGUGCUUUGAA